AUGGACGGCGAUGAUCCCCUGAAGCAGCUCGGGCGCCGCGAUGGCAUUCGCGUUGUGGUCCGCUCUCGUCCCUUGAAUCAGACGGAACACCGUCCUGCACGUGACUAUCAGGCCGUCGAGGUGCUCGAAGAUCAACAGACCCUCGCCAUCAAAACCACAGACGCCGAAGCCCCACGCACCUUUACUUUCCACAGAGCCGUUGACGACCGCUGCUCCCAACAGCAAUUUUUCGAGGUCUCUGGCAUCAAGAACCUACUCGACUCGGCCAUGGAGGGCUAUGCCUGCACCGUCUUUGCCUUUGGCCAGACUGGAAGCGGCAAAACUCAUACCAUCACCGGUCCUGAUUCUCGCGACGAUGAUGGCAUCCUGCAGCGCUCCAUUGCCUACAUUUGGCAACAGGUGGCUAGCCGUUCCCACGUCACCUACAACUUUCAGGCUUCAUACCUGGAAAUUUACAAUGAACAAGUCAUGGACCUUCUCAAUCUUCGCUCGGAGCGAGGCGCUCUGCCCGUUCGCUGGAAAGCAGAACGUGGCUUCCACGUCGAAAACCUUUUCCGCGUAGAAUGCGCCAGCGAUCAGACCAUGCUCAACGUUCUCGAGGAAGGUCUUCGUAAUCGUCAUGUUGCUGCCCACCAGAUGAACGAUCGAUCCUCUCGCAGCCAUAGCAUCCUCUCCAUCGAUAUUCACAGCAUCGUCGAGGAAUCAGAUGGCACAGGCGAUGGCCCCUCAGUGGUCCACCGACAUGGCAGUAUCAGCUUUGUCGACUUGGCUGGUAGCGAGCGCGUCGAGCGCACAAAGGCCGAUGGCCAAACUCUUGUGGAAAGCAACAACAUCAACAAAUCCCUUUUGACCCUCGGCAACUGCAUUAGUGCGCUGGCCGACCCCCGAAAGCGCAAGGGACACAUCCCCUACCGCGAUUCUGCCUUGACCAUGCUGCUCAAGGACUCUCUGGGCGGUAGCGGCAUGACCCUCAUGAUUGCCUGCAUUUCCCCUGCGGCUACCUCUCUGCCGGAAACUCAAAACACCCUGCGAUAUGCCUCACGGGCCAAGCGGAUCCAAAACAAACCCAUCGUGCACAUGGAUCCUCAGCAAAUGAUGAUUCAGGCCCUGAAGCGUGAGGUGCGCAUGCUUCGACAAGAAUGUGCGUACUUACGCAAUCAAAUCGACUCGGGCAGCGAGGUCGUCUCUUCCAACUCUCUCCUCACUCAAGAGGCCCUCAAAGGUGAGCCGUUUUGUUUCUUCUACCCCUGA